AGUUGCCCGUCCGCCGUGCGAGCGAGCGAGCGAGCCGCCGGGCCCCCGGCCGCGCCCUCUGCCGCCCGGCCGAGCGAGCCGCGGAGCCCCGAGAGGCAAGCACCAUGGCGGAGCAGACCUAUUCGUGGUGCAGACAGUCCACAGCGUCUUGAGAGAGGAUGAGGAGGCUAGGCUCUUACCCCAUUGUGUGGGUCUUCCCAAGCCAACCAAGGGACAGAAGACUAAACACACAGUGUCAAUCUGCAGCCGUUUAGUUCCCGCUUGUCUCUACGGGGAAUCAUCCCUAGUUUCAGAGGAGGAAACAUGCCGAGUAUGGGCCGCAAGUUCUCUCCUCACUUUACCCAUUCUCACAGACACACCAACGUGGAGGAGGAAUCCUGCACAUAGAUGGCCUAUUCCCUGGUGGAUUCCAGUCAAGUGUCGACAUUUCUGAUAUCCAUUCUUCUUAUAGUCUAUGGUAGUUUCAGGUCUCUUAAUAUGGACUUUGAAAACCAAGAUAAGGAGAAAGACAGUAACAGCUCCUCUGCGUCUUUCAAUGGCAACAGCACCAAUAACAGUAUCCAAACAAUUGACUCCACCCAAGCUCUGUUCCUGCCGAUUGGAGCGUCCGUCUCUCUCCUAGUAAUGUUCUUCUUCUUCGACUCCGUUCAAGUAGUUUUCACAAUAUGUACAGCAGUUCUUGCAACCAUAGCUUUUGCUUUUCUUCUCCUCCCGAUGUGCCAGUAUUUAACGAGACCCUGUUCGCCUCAGAACAAGAUUUCCUUUGGUUGCUGUGGGCGUUUCACUGCUGCGGAGCUGCUGUCCUUCUCUCUGUCUGUCAUGCUCGUCCUCAUCUGGGUUCUCACUGGCCACUGGCUCCUUAUGGAUGCUCUGGCCAUGGGUCUCUGUGUUGCCAUGAUCGCCUUCGUCCGCCUGCCCAGCCUCAAGGUCUCCUGCCUGCUUCUCUCAGGGCUUCUCAUCUACGACGUCUUCUGGGUGUUCUUCUCAGCCUACAUCUUCAACAGCAAUGUCAUGGUGAAAGUGGCCACACAGCCCGCUGACAAUCCACUUGACGUUCUGUCUCGGAAACUCCACCUCGGACCCAAUGUCGGGCGUGAUGUUCCUCGCCUGUCUUUACCUGGGAAAUUGGUCUUCCCAAGCUCCACUGGCAGUCACUUCUCCAUGUUGGGCAUCGGGGACAUUGUGAUGCCUGGCCUCCUGUUAUGCUUUGUCCUUCGCUAUGACAACUACAAGAAGCAAGCCAGUGGUGACUCGUGCGGCGCCCCUGGCCCGGCUAACAUCUCUGGGCGCAUGCAGAAGGUCUCCUACUUCCACUGCACCCUCAUCGGGUACUUCGUAGGUCUGCUCACUGCGACGGUGGCAUCGCGAAUCCACCGAGCCGCCCAGCCCGCUCUCCUCUACUUGGUGCCAUUUACCUUAUUACCGCUCCUCACCAUGGCCUACUUAAAGGGUGACUUACGAAGGAUGUGGUCUGAGCCAUUCCACUCCAAGUCCAGCAGCUCCCGGUUCCUGGAAGUAUGAUGGAUCACGAGGGAAGUGACCAGAAUGUUGUCAUCGCCCUUCUCUCUCACCUCACGGUUUCGUUUCCUCUAAAAGCUGGCCUGCUCCGCGCAGGAGCAGCAGUGUGACUGGGGUUUGUCUGCAGGGAGUGCAGGAGGGUGCUGGAGCCUGCCUGGGAGCCUUCUCUUCUGCACACUGCAGAGUGGACCCUUCCAGAAGUGACUGCCCUCUCCGGGUUUAUGGAUCGGCACCGGACUGUUUCCUUGCGGGAGCAGCAGAGCGGACUGACUUAACAACUCGAGACGGCCAGGACUUGUUCCAGAGCGUUGAACACUAAAGGACGGGGAAAAUAGCGAACGCAAGUCUUCAGUGAACCCUCCAAAACUUUGGGACCAGUUCCUAUGGGGGACUCCAUUUCAGAGACCUGGGACAGAAGGUCUGUCCUCCUUUUUUUUCUUUUGGAUUUAUUAAAUAUUUUCUGUGGUGUGAAGUGACUUA